AUGUCAUACUACGAUCCCUUCCAGAACCAGCAGUAUAUGGGUCAGCCAUACUAUCCCUAUUAUCCUCAAGAUGGCCAACAGGCUACCAAUGGUAAUCAGCCGCCAAUCAUGCAACAGCCUCAGUGGAACUAUGAUCAACAAUACUCCGAGGGUUAUCCUCAGGGAGCCAUGGGAAGUGAUUACUAUGUGGACGAGUCGAGUUUCAAUCCCGUUCCUAUGCAGCUGAACAUGCCAUAUGAGGCAUCUCCGUUCCCUUCAGCUCCACAAAAUCCGAUGGCCCAACCGUCCGAUGUAUACGGAAAUCCUCAGGGUGAUAACAGUUCACCCGCAGCGCCUUCUCGUACCGUUUACCUCGGUAACAUUCCCUCUGACAUCGAGCCAAACGAACUUUUGGACUACGUGCGGUCGGGUAUUCUCGAAUCGGUCAAGAUUCUUCCCGCAAAGAACUGCGCCUUCAUUUCGUUCAUUGACCAUCAGUCAGCUCUCUUGUUUCAUUCCGACUGCAUUUUGAAGAAAUUGAGUAUAAAGGGCCAUGAUAUUAGGAUAGGAUGGGGCAAAAACACACCCAUGCUUCCCGCCGUGGUCGACGCCAUACAUCGUGAUGGAGCCACCAGAAACGUCUACCUUGGCAAUUUGAAUCAUCCGAUCACCGGAGAGACUUUGACUGAGCAAGAGUUGAGAGAGGAUUUGUCAACUUACGGUGUUAUCGAUAGCAUUAAGAUUAUUCCUGAAAAGGGAAUUGCAUUUAUUCACUUUUUAUCAAUUUUGAGUGCCAUCAGAUGUGUGCAAAACUUGCCUUUGAAGGAGAAGUAUUUGGACAAAAAAUGUUUUUAUGGAAAAGAUCGUUGUGCAUUCAUCACCAAGACCCAGCAACACAAUGCGGCCCAAUAUUUGGGUUUGGCCCCAGGUAUGGAACAUAUUGUCACUGCAGCUGACCGAGAGUUUAUCUCAUCAGCAUUGGUACAGCAAUCGGCCGCAGCUGCUCAAAUUGCAACUCAAGCUGGUGGAGCCAAUAACCUUGGCAAUAGAACCGUCUAUUUGGGUAACUUGCAUCAAGAUUCUUCUGUGGAAGAAAUUUGUAACGUUGUGAGAGGGGGGCUUUUGCAGAGCAUUCGAUUCUUAAAAGAGCGUCAUGUUUGCUUUAUUACGUUUAUUGAUCCCAUUGCAGCGGCUCAAUUUUAUGCCAUGUGCCAACUCCACGGAUUGACCAUUCAUAAUAGGAGAAUCAAGGUUGGUUGGGGUAAGCAUUCGGGCCCUUUAUCCAAUGGAUUAUCCUUGGCUGUCUCCAAUGGAGCCUCGAGAAACAUCUACGUGGGCAAUCUCGGAGACUUCAACUAUUAUAACCCAACAAAAUUAAGAGAAGACUUUUCUCAAUUUGGAGAUAUUGAGCAAAUCAAUUAUCUCGAAGAAAAAAAUUGUGCAUUCAUUAACUUUGUCAACAUUGCUAAUGCAAUCAAGGCAAUUGAUGGCAUCAAGUCGCUUGACGAUUACAAAAAUUUAAAAAUCAACUUCGGAAAGGAUCGGUGUGGUAACUUACCCAGGCAAUUUCAAAAUCAUUCAUCGGCACCUCAAAGUGCGUCGGAGCCAAGAUCCAGCAAUACAUUAUCAGAUAAUGAGCUAAUGACAGAUGACAGUCAGCUACCAACCCAAUCCAGCGGAUAA